CGUGUAGGCGUGCGCAAGUUCUUCGCCACCGGAGCCGCUGCAUAGGUAACAUCGCGUCCACUACUCAUCUGCGACAGUGCGGUAUGUGAAUCGGGGGUACAGUGCCUUAGCAACCAAAGCAACCGUGAUGGAUUUGAAAUAAAAAAAAGAGUACAUAUCUAGUUAGUAUAGAAAAGCAAUGGCUGUGAUCGAUAGGACUGAGAGGAGGUGUACUUUCGGUUGGAGGAUGUAUCAAAUACAGGGUAUCGUCGUUUUGUUUUUGGUGGCCGGAGCCGUGCUAGGCAACCCCCGGAGUUGCGACUUGGCCAGGAAGGAGGUGGCACAAGUCAUCCAGGUCGACCCUCUCAGAGUGCUGGACAGACCCGAAACAGGUCAAAUUUGUGGGGAGUCGUGUUGCAGCCAGGACUUGGAAAAUGAGAUGUUCAAGUACAACCAAUUAUUAGUGGACAAGUAUAUGAAAGAUUCUGUCGCGAAAAUCUCAUCAAUAAUUGAUACCAGAGCAAAAAAGUUCGAUGACGUAUUUCGCGGCAUGAUGAACAACUCCAAGCGAGAAUUCCAUCAGAUGUUCGAGCGUACUUACGGCAAAAUCUACCUGCAGAACGCCGAGGUCUUCAGUGACUUCUUCAGCGAGCUGGAAACCUACUACAAGAAGGGCACCGUUCGUCUUUCCGACACCAUGGACACGUUCUUCAGCAUCCUCUACCAGCGCAUGUUCACCGUCAUCAACGCUCAAUACACCUUCGAUGACAAAUAUUUGGAAUGCGUCUCGGACCACAUGACCGAGAUGAAACCUUUCGGCGAUGUUCCCCACAAGCUGGGGAUCCAACUUCGGAGGUCUUUUGUCGCCACCAGGACGUUCUACAAGUCCCUGGUGAAAGGGGCAGACGCGGCCAACAACCUGGCGAAUUUGGGGGUCGACGAAGAGUGCUAUCGCGAGAGUACGAAGAUGAGGUAUUGCGGGGCGUGUAAAGCGGAGAACGGCAUAGGGCCUUGCCCCACGUACUGCUCAAACACCAUGCAGACCUGCUAUAGGUACCAUACGGAGUUCUCCACCAUCUGGGACAACUUUGUCGAUGCAAUCGACAAGGUGGGCGACAGGCUUCUGGGUCCCUACAACAUCGAGGUGGUGGUCGAACCUCUCAAUAUAAAGAUAUCCGAGGCCAUCAUGAACUUUCAAGAGAGUGGUACCGAAGUGUCGCAGAAGAUUUACAGUAAAUGUGGGAAACCUACGACACUGACCCGACCGAAGAGGAAGGCAGACCCCAAGGAUUCCACCGACAAUCCCGACAUGGAGAUUAAAGUGGAACAACCGAAGGUGCAGGGGAAAAAGAAGAACAAGAAGGUUACCGAACCGGUGGAUAACAAAUCCGUUUUAGAGAAGAUUAUCGGUGAUAUCAAACAAAAAAUAAAAGACACAAAACAGUUUUGGCUGAACCUGCCCUACCAGUACUGCAACAACCUGUCCCUUCACAGCAAUAAGAACGACACGAGUCAGUGUUGGAACGGUACGGCCCUCGGUACUUACGAAAAAUCCCUACAAAAGUCAAAUAUCGGGGAUUCCCCCAUCCUCAACGCUCAGGUGUACACCCUGCAGGGCCUCACGGACAAAUUAAGGAAGGCGUUUCAGGGCCAAGAAGUGGAAAUGGUGGACGACACGGAAGAAUCGCUGGCCGGCAGUGGUUCGGGAUCGGGCGACGGUGACUUUGAGACGGGCGAGGAGGAAGAGGAGGAACAAAGCAGGGACCUUGAUUUUAACCAGGGAGUGGAGAACGCCUUACCGACGUCUCCUUCACCGGGAAGCACCAAGGCUCCGGAGGUGGUGCGCGUCUCCUCGAGUGCGAACAUUCACGCGAUGUCGCUCACCAGGGCGCUCAUACAGUAUCUUCUGCCGAUGGUGUUGGUGUGGUUCGGUGGUGCCAUAACAAACCUGCUGUGAUAAGCUUUAGUGUAUAUUAUGUACAUAGAGAGACUAUUUUGAUGCAUUAACGAGGGACCCACUUUACAUUUUUACGGACUUGAGUGUAACUAGUGAAGACGAGUUAGGGACGUUCCUGCGAAAGCAUAGAAAUGCCACAUGUAAUGUGUAUUUUUUGAUUUUUUAAUUUCAAACUUGUAAUUUCGAGUUGAAAGUAAAAUAUUUUGACUUUGAGACACAAAAUUCUUAAUUUAAAUUUUAAAUUUCGAGUUUGCAUAUAAAAAUUCGAGCAUAAAUUCGCUGGAAACUUUGUUCUUCAAAUUCAAAAUUUUGUAAUCAAUUUUAAUUUUGAAACC